UUACAAAAAAAAAUAUGCCUUUAGCUGAAUCUUUGGAUAUUCUGGAAAAAGUUCAAGUUCAGUUACAAAUGGCUCAGGGUAAUGAUGGGCAAAAAGUAUAUAAGAAAUUCGAAACUGUUUUAAACAAAAACAGUGGACUUAAAAUACUAAAACAGAUAUCAAAAAUAAUUGACGGAGAAAGUGACAACAUGGAUGCUCUACCUGAAGAUCUUACCACAAAUGAUUUAAGUUUUUACAAGUUUGCUMCAAUUACAUCAGUUGAUGUGGAGAGAUCUUUCUCGAAUUAUAAGAAUCUCUUGACCGACAACCGAAGAUCAUUUAAACUCGAGAACGACGAGAACAUAAGGAAACACCUCUUACUUCAGUGCAAGUGUGCAACACGGGCACACGGCCACACGGGUAAAAAAAAUAAC